UGAUGGCAUUGACAGAUGACAUUACAUUGAAAAAAUUUUUUUAACUCAAAAUAUUUUGAUUUGUUUUGAUGUGAGAUUUUUGUUUGUUAAACCAAUUUACCAAUUUAGAAGUAUCAUUAUCAUUGGUUGCUCGUGGCUGUAGUAUGUUUUGGCGUCUCAUACCCACUUUGGACGCCGUGGCGACGACACAUACUCGGUGAUGGCGAAGUAUAUGGAUAAUCCUCCUGUGGCAAACUUUGUUGAGUAUCUGAAGAUCCCAAGUGUCCAGCCUGAUGUUAACUACGAUGAGUGCGUAUCGUUUCUAAGAAAACAGGCCGAUCAGAUCGGCUUGUCAGUGAAAAUUUUCGAGGUGGUGCCCAGAAAGCCUAUUGUGGUGUUGACAUGGCUUGGAAAAGAAACAAAUCUUCCAUCUAUCCUUUUGAACUCUCACAUGGAUGUCGUUCCUGUUUUUGAAAAAAGUUGGACAUAUCCUCCAUUUAGUGGUCACAUCGAUGAUGAAGGAAAGAUCUUUGCUCGUGGUUCCCAGGACAUGAAAUGUGUUGGCAUACAAUACCUAGAGGCUGUCAGAAAGCUCAAACAAGCAGGGAUACAGUUGAAGAGAACAUUACAUAUUUCAUUUGUUCCUGACGAGGAGAUCGGAGGACUAGAUGGCAUGAAGAAGUUCAUUCACACUAGCGAUUUUAAGGCUUUGAAUGUUGGAUUCGCUUUAGACGAAGGCAUGGCCAACCCUGGUGAAGAAUUUAUAAUUUUCAACGGCGAAAGAAGUAUUUGGCAAAUGCACAUACACUGCACAGGACAGCCUGGCCAUGGGUCUCUUCUUAUACCGAACACAGCUGGUGAAAAGUUGAGGUUUAUCAUUGAUAAAUUCAUGGAUUUGAGGGAAGAGCAAAAAAAAAUUUUGGAAAGUGAUCCAAAGCUUACCAUUGGAGAUGUGACUACAAUUAACUUGACUCAAAUAUAUGGAGGCGUACAAUCAAAUGUGGUCCCCGAAAAAUUGACCGCGGUUUUUGAUAUACGGCUGGCGGUCACGGUGGAUCACGCUGAAUUUGAAAAUCGGGUUAAAACAUGGUGUAAAGACGCAGGUGAUGGUGUCUCGUUUGAGUUUGAACAGAAAAAUCCCUAUGUGGAAUGCACGAAAACAGAUGCCUCAAAUCCUUUUUGGAUAGCAUUCAAAGCAGCGGCCGACGAAAUGAAACUGAAAUUAGACCGUCGCAUAUUCCCCGGCGGGACAGACAGCCGCUACGUGCGCAGUGUCGGCAUCCCCGCCAUAGGAUUCUCUCCCAUGAACCACACCCCCGUACUACUACAUGACCACAACGAGUUUCUCAAAGUAGAAGUGUAUCUGAAGGGAAUUGAUAUUUAUGUUAAACUAAUACCAGCUAUUGCUAAUGUAUAAUCUAUAUGUUUAUCUUGUAACCAGUAAGCUCAUAAGAUAUCAUUUAAAUAGUUUUAUGGGUUGUUAUGAUUUAUAAUUUUAUGAUAAGUAAUUGUUUAUGAAGAUAAAAAGAUUGUUUA